AGGACCGUCCCGAGAUGCUGUGCACCCUGUCCAACCCUGGUGCGACGCCGUCGGACAUCCGCCUCCGCGGACUUCUUGACAGUGGGGCUGAUGUCACGAUUCUCUCCCUUGCUGCCUGGCCCCCGGAGUGGCCCCUGGAUCCGGUGGAGACGCCUGUCACAGGACUGGGAGGGACGGCGCAAUGUUUCGUGAGCCAGCGGCCCGUGCUGGUCGCAAACCCGGAGGGACAGACGGCCUGGGAGCAGUUGGACCAGGGUCAUCUGGAGCCUUCUACCAGUCCCUGGAACACUCCUGUCUUCUGCAUCAAAAAGAAAUCUGGGAAAUGGAGGUUGUUGCAAGACCUCCGAAAGGUCAAUGCCGUGAUGGAAGGCAUGGGAACGUUGCAGGUGGGCAUGCCAUCGCCUACCAUGCUUCCCGCGGACUGGCCGAUCCUCAUUGUGGAUCUGAAGGAUUGUUUCUUUACAAUUCCUUUGCAUCCCAAUGACAGGCCGAAAUUUGCCUUCACGGUGCCAGCAAUUAACAACGCUGAGCCGGCACAGAGAUAUCAAUGGAGGACGCUGCCCCAGGGCAUGCGCAAUUCCCCAGCCAUAUGCCAAUGGUAUGUGGCCCAGGCCUUGUCUGGAGUUCGCAAGCAGUUUCCUGAUGCACGUCUGUAUCAUUAUAUGGACGACAUUUUGGUGGCUGCGUCCACCCAGGAUGAGCUGCUGAGGAUUCAGCCUCGGUUGCCGGAUGCUUUGCAUGCUCAUGGGCUGCAAGUGGCUCCAGAAAAGGUUCAACAACAACCACCUUGGAAGUAUUUGGGCGUCAAAAUUCUGGAACAGACAAUUUGUCACCAAGAGGUGCAAUUUGUGCAUUCUGUGAAGACACUGAAUGAUGCUCAGAAAUUGGUAGGUGUCAUCACUUGGUUGCGUCCAUAUUUGGGACUGACCAAUGCACAGCUGUCUCCACUGUAUGAUUUGUUGAAAGGAGACAAUGAUCUAAAGUCACCUCGCACAUUGACCCCUGAGGCGCAAAAGGCUCUGGAGGUGGUUCAGCAAGCUGUUUCGGCUUGCCAAGUUCAUCGCAUUGAUCCCUCCGUUGAUGAGCCUUUCAACUUGGUCACGGAUUCCGCCUAUGUGGCCGACAUCGCGCAGCGAUUGGGUCAUUCGGUUUUGAAGGAGAUACUGGGGUACGCUGGGUACCUUCGAAGUGUGUUCGCCCUGACCUGCGACCGCAGAGACAGAAUCCGGCCGACGGGCAACAUGGAGACCGUGACCAACCUGAAAGGCAUCAAGCGGCCUCCGCCUCAGGAGAGCACGGCUCGGGACCGUCUGAAGCAGGUGGAAGGGAAACUGAGCUGGUUGCAGGCUCCGACACAGGCGGCAAAGCACAGAACGCAGCCUCUGCCGGCGGUGGCGGGGGGCAGAGCGAAGCCGCUGCAGGGGCAGUUUGCGAAGCAUAGAUUGCCGUGUCCCCCGGCGUGGCGGCAGGAGCCGCCGCAGAUUGCAGGGGUUCUUACCCCGUGGCUGGCACGGGGGGGCUGGCUCCCAGUGCGGUUGCGGCCAGGGACACAGCUGUGGACUCAGCAGCUGGAGAGUCGGCAGCAGGCGCUGGCGAAGGGGCGCCAACCACCGGCGAGCGAAAAAGCGCCGCGGCGGUUUCUCUCGAUCCCGGGGGGGGGAGUGGUGCUGGCGGUCGGCUCAAGGCCGUUCGAAACAAAGUAA